UUUUAAAUUUUGACGGUAUAUGAAGUUAUAAGUUAUCUAGAGUCAAUCGUAUCACUCUAAAUUGCAUAUAUCACAUAAAACAGUUGGUAAAUAGAAUAACACAGCUAAAAACUUAGCCGGCUUAUGGAGGAUUUUAAACCGCCGACGAAAUUUUUAAGUUCAGCCAGCGCCGUUGUUAAAAUUGGUCGGCACAGGUCUCUAUUGUCAGCGCAGCAAAGCUAUAAACCGAUUGAAAGUAUAACUUCGUGGAGUUUUUUUUUUCUAUAAAAGUAACUUUAAAAAUAACUAUUUAAAGCUAAAAAAUAAAUUAAAUUACAAAUCUAUGUUAUAAAUAUAUAAAUAACUAAAAGUAUAACAAAUUAACAAUAAAAUUUUCGCUUUGAAAAAUUUUUUUGCUGCCACUUUCUAUUUCUGCCUUUUCAUAGAGACACACAUACACACGCACGUAGUAGUCUCGGAAUACGUUUUGCGUAUUUUGCUUUUUUUUUGGAAUAAAACAGGAAAAAGGCAAGGAAGAUAAAUAAAACAAAAAUAAAGGAAAAUACAACACAAGCAGUCAGGCAGCAGCAGAUAACGAAAAAGAAUUUUGCAAUAAACAAAAGAAAAAACCCACAACGUUGCUGAAAUCAAAAAAGAAAUAUUUUUGCAUUUUUCCACAAAUUAAAAUAUUAAUAAAUAUAAAACACAACUAAGCAAAAGCUAGAGAAAGGCGGAAAUAAUUGAAACAAAGAUUGCGUGUCUUUAAUUCGGAUAAAAAACAAAUCUAUUAACAAAUAGUAAGAAAAAACCUAAACAGAUAAAAAAUGGAUCGUGGUUCUGGUCGUUAUUCAUACAAUCGUCGUCAGGGUGGCGGACAAAGUGGCGGCGGUGGCCACAACAAUCAACAUCAUAAUAAUCAUUCGAACUCUUCUCUUUCCUCUUCAUCAUCUUCUUCACUUUCAUCAUCGUCUAAUAAUCAUAAUAACAAUCAUUAUGAUAAUCAUAAUUCCUAUUCACAUCGUAAUGCUGCAACCAAUAAUAAUUCCUCGUCAUCAGCAUCAUCAUCAUCACAUUAUUCCAAUAAUUCACAGCAACAACAACAGCAAAAUUCAACUUCAUCGCAACAGACAUCUGGUGGCGGCGGUGGCGUUGGAUCAUCGCAAUCAUCGAUGUAUAUAAAUUCAACAACACAUAUAAGCAAUAAUACAUCAAAUCAAAUGUCCCGCGAACCGAUAACACAACAUGAUGAACUUAUACGCUAUAUAAGAGAAGCAUGGACAAAAGUUAGUGAACAAAGUACAUCAGUGCUAUACAACGAAUCUGAUAAUCAAUUAAAAAACUUUAAACCUUUCAAUUUGGAAGAGUACUGGGGCCAGCGACUGGUUCAAAAUAUACAUGUCUCUCAUGGUCAUCAAUAAAUAUAGAGUCAACUCUACAAUAAAAUCAUAAUGAUUUAAAAAGAAAAUAAAUAUUUUAAUAAUUAACACAAAAUCUAUAAUUAAAAAUCCCCAAACAAACAACAAGAAACAAAUUAUUUGAUUUUGCAUACGGCAAAAAGAAUUAAAAUUAAAAAAAAAAAAAAAACAUACUUGACAACAAUAAUUAACAUUAUAUUAAAUAUAUGACACGAUUUUCAAAAACCAACAUAAAUUAAAAAUAAACAAAAAAAGAAAACAUUUAAAUAAAACUUUAAAUUCCGUUUAAAAUUAAACAGACAUAAUUGAUAUUUAUACACUUUGAAAUUAAAAAUUAUUAAAAACAAAUAAAGAAUUUAAUUAUAUACAGGGUGUUUUGUUUAUAUAAAGGUUUUUUAAAUUACUUAUUUGUUUUUUUUUUAUAAUUUAAGAACAUAUUCUUUUGGUUUUAAAGAAAAUUAAGCAUUUUUUUAAAUUAAAUUUUAUAAAGCAUUUGAAAAUAAAUAAAAUAACCAAACUGCCAUUGAAAAUUCUUAAAAAUUUUUCAUUCGACUAUAUUCCUUAUAACGAACGUAACUAAGCAGCCUGUAUAUAAUUAAACUUCUCAAACCCCUCAUCCCCGUUUUAAAUAAUAAGCAAUAGCAUCUUAGUAUUUAAAAAUUAAACCCUUAAAAACACCAAUAAACCACAUUUUAUCAAAUAAACUUUAAAAAGAAAAUACAAAAAACAGUAAAAACCAUAAACUUAAAACAUAACUUGACCCUCUUUAACUAAAUCCCCCUUUUCUCUCUCCCUAUUAAUUCUAACCAUUCCUUUUUUUUUUUUAUUACCAAAAAAGAAAUUUUAACCUUUUUUAUGUUGUGUUUAAAAAAAAUCCAUGAAUUUUGAAAUUUUAAUUAUUUUUUAUUAUUCUAAACUUUUGUAUUUAUUUGAAUAAAUGUAUUUUAGUUAAAUACACAUAACUUUUGCAAACAAAAAGUUUUAAUUAAUAAAAACCACAAAAAUAUAUUUUAAUUUUUGACUCCCAACUACUAAUUGAAUUUUUAAUUAAUGCUCUCCCCCCCUUUAAAGUCAAGUUUUGUCAUGAACACACACAUUUUCUCUAUUAUUCUAUUUAAAUCAACAAUUUUAGAUGAAAAAAAAAAAAACAAUAUAAAACCAAAAUAUAGUGACUAUAGAUUACUUUUGUCUCAAAAAAUAUAA